UAUUUAUAGAUGAAAAUGGCAUUCCUGAAAUAAAUAUCGUUUGAUUAAUACAAAUAAUUUUCUUCAUCGUUAAAGAGAAAAAUAAAAUUUAAGAGAAUUAUUUGUGUGAAAAAUGUAUAUCUGCUAUUGACGGAUGUUUGGUGACCGUAUUUUUUCUUUGAAGGGAAAUUAAAUAAUUGGUUGAAACAUGGUAGCUGGUCUUCCUUUAUUUAAACUAGCUUCUUUAGCAAUUAAACAAGCAGCAAAACCUGUAGCAAAUGUAAUCAAAAGAGGGGCAAAAGAAAGUGAUAUUUUUAAGAAAUAUCUUUGUUACUACCCAGGGCAAGUUUACCAUCGUUUGGACUUUCACAUAAGAAUGAGAUUGAUGGGUCUGAAAGGAAAAAUUGAUGUUGAUCCUUUAAAGGAAACUGCUGCUGUUGACCUAGGUGCUGAAAUUCUUGGUGAGGUAGUUGUCUUUAGCAUUGGUGUUGCUGUCUUGUAUGCUGAAUACAGAAGACAGAAACGUGCUGAAAGUCGUGAAGAAGACAAACAUUUAAAAAAUUUCCAUAAUUUACAAACUAAGGUUGAUGAACUUGAAAUGUGUCUAAAGCAUCAAAAUGAAGAAAUUGAAAAAGUACAUAGGAUUCUUAAUAACAUUGAAGAUAAAUUGAAAACAAAAAAUAUAAAAUUAUGAUAUCUGCUAUGAGAUAAAUUAUUUUUAUUAUUUCCCGAGUUCUAAUUCUAAAUUUCCUGUCACUCUCUUUAACACAAAGAUUAUAAUACUACUUGUUUGGCAUUGCUUGUCAUACAUCAGUUUCAUGUGGUUAGCUGUGCAUUUUUUUGUUUCAAACUUUUAUAUUGCUGUUAUUUAAUUGAUGGAAAUUAUAUAAUAUCCAUUUUAUCAAAACCAUUCACUGUGAGUAGUUUUAAUAAGAAAUAUAGUUUCAUCACAAAA